AUGGCCAAAAAAUCCUCCUCAAAAAAGGGUCGGGCUGGCAAGGGAGGCGCAGAGCACGAAUCAAUACUCCGGCAAACACAUGCUGCCGCUGCCGCCCUGAACGAUGCCGCAAGGACCACAAGAGAGAACGAACCCCCAUAUGAGGCCGACCUCGUCACUUCCGAGGAAGACGAGUACGAAAUUCCCCCUCCAGUUUACGGUGACAUCUAUGGCGAGAUUCACGAUGAAAAGGGGGGAUCGGGCACCAGCGCCUAUGUCGCCGAAGACGGCCGUGUCAAUAUUCGAAUCAAUCAAUUGAACCGCCGCUUGUCCCAGCUUUUUACUCCUGCUUUACAUCACCAAGUACAGAGUUCUCAAGAUAGUCACCCGCUCCCUUCCCCUUAUGUUCCUCCCUCCCUGGGAAGCGCAGAGGGAGUACCUCCACCUCCUCCGAUGAACAUCGUCAUCCAUGUUGUCGGCUCACGCGGAGACGUGCAACCCUUUGUUGCCUUGGGCAAAGUCUUGAAAUCCACAUAUGGCCAUCGUGUACGUCUGGCCACUCAUUGCAACUUCAAGGACUUUGUAUUGGAGAACGGCUUAGAGUUUUUUAACAUCGGCGGCGAUCCCUCUGCGCUGAUGGCCUUCAUGGUCAAGAAUCCCAGCCUGAUGCCUGGAUUUCGCAGUCUGCUGAGUGGAGACGUCGGUCAGCGGAGGAGAGAUGUUGCUGAGUACAUCCAAGGCUGCUGGAGGUCAUGUUUCGAAGCUGGUGAUGGGAUAAGAUAUGAUGCUGAUGACACUCCUGGAAAAGAUUCUCACUCCGAGCCCACGUCAAGACCUUUCGUCGCUGAUUGCAUCAUUGCCAAUCCCCCUAGCUUUGCCCACAUACACUGCGCAGAGAAGCUGGGUAUUCCUCUCCACAUCAUGUUCACUAUGCCAUACUCUCCAACCCAAGCUUAUCCGCAUCCAUUGGCGAAUGUCCAAUCCUCCAAUGCCGACCCUCAACUCACUAACUACCUUAGCUAUAUUAUGAUUGAAGUCCUCUCCUGGCAAGGCUUAGGCGAUAUCAUCAACCGCUUCCGUGCGAAGUGCCUCGGUCUAGACCCCAUAAGCAUGCUCUGGGCUCCUGGGGUCCUUCAGCGUCUCAAUGUCCCUCACACCUAUUGCUGGUCUCCGGCCCUGAUACCCAAACCGAAAGAUUGGGGCCCUCAUAUAUCUAUAGCAGGCUUUUCAUUUCUGCACUCUAGCUACACCCCUGACCCGGAUCUCCAGAGCUUUCUCGACGCCGGUCCGCCUCCCGUCUAUAUAGGAUUUGGAAGUAUCGUUCUCGAUGAUCCUGAUGCAAUGACGGAGCUCAUCUUCGAGGCGGCGAGGAAGACUGGACAGCGGGUCCUACUAUCCAAAGGAUGGGGAGGGAUGGGUGCGGACGCACUUGAUGUCCCUGACGGUGUCUUUAUACUUGGGAAUGUACCGCAUGACUGGCUUUUCAGGCACGUGUCCUGCGUCGUUCAUCAUGGAGGUGCAGGCACCACGGCGGCUGGGAUUGCCGCGGGUCGACCGACUCUUGUCGUUCCAUUCUUUGGAGAUCAGCCGUUCUGGGGCGCCAUGGUCGCGAGAGCAGGCGCCGGGCCCAGACCGAUCCCUCAUAAAAAACUCACGGCAGAUAAAUUAGCAAAUGCCAUCGACUUUUGUCUGAAGGCCGAAAGUCUAGAGCGCGCGAAAGAACUCGGAAGCAAGAUCGCUGCAGAAAGAGGGAGCGACAUGGCCGCGCAGUCAUUUCACCAGCAUCUUGAGCUUGACAGGCUCCGUUGCACCCUUGCACCGUCUCGAGCCGCUACAUGGCGCAUCAGACGAAGUCAGGUCAAGCUGAGCGCCUUUGCUGCAUGUACCUUAGCGAAUGCGAACCUGUUGGAUUUCCAUGACUUGAAGCCCUUUCGACCGCAAGAAUAUCGCACCGAUGAAGGCCCUUUGGACCCAAUAUCCGGAGGUGGUGCGGCAUGCUUCAGGGCCUUCAGCGGCAUGGUGAUGGGUUUGGCUGAGGUUCCCACGGAGACGAUGAAAACCUGGAAAUCUCCGACUGCAUCCAAUCGACAGCAGUCUAAAGAUUCAGUGGCAACAGUCACAAAGACAGAGGAGGCUUCGCCAGCCUCAUCAGAACUGAACCAGGCCAGCUCAAGUAUGCAAGAACCUCUUCGCCAUGUUAAGAGCCCAUCCGAGCUCUCCGAUACAGCGUCUCUCUCGCCGACCAUUGCAUCCAGCACUAUCUCAGAUCCAUUUCAGGGCCAGUCGGAUCCCAAAACAAACACAAAAAGUCGAAGUCGAAGUCGAAGCCAUAGUCGAACUCCAUCCAGCUAUAGUAAGGACCACGAUAUGAUGCGUCGAACUGGGCCGCACUCGAGCAAAGGCUUCGGGCGUUUCUUGACGACGGCAGUGCAGACCCCUAUGGAAGUAACAAUGGGUUUGACUAGAGGAUUUCACAAUAUGCCUAAACUUUGGGGAGACGAUACUGUACGUCCUCAGGAACGAGUCACUGAUUUUAAGUCAGGGGCCGUGGCAGCAGGAAAGGAGUUUGGCUUCGGCUUUUAUGAUGGUGUUACUGGAUUGAUCACUCAGCCCUGGCACGGCGCCCAGAAAGAAGGUGCUAUCGGCGUCGCCAAGGGAAUAGGUAAAGGUCUUGGAGGGUUUGCAGCUAAGCCAUUCGCAGGAUUUUCUGGUCUCAUGGGUUACACCAUGAAAGGGGUGCAAAAAGAGGUGCAGAAGUUGUUCCGUGGUAAUGUGCAAAAUUACAUUAUCGCAUCCAGGAUGGCUCAAGGAUACGAGGAGUGGCUACAGAGCUCCGAAAUGGAGAAGGAAGAUGUCCUCGUGCGAUGGAAACUUAUCCAGAAAUACCUCAAGAAGAAACACAACACUGACGACAUGGUGCGAGAUGUCCUGGAAAAACAGCAACAAAGGAAAAUCGAAGAGACACUUGCACGUGGAGAUUACGCCACAUCGGACUUCGCUCAGUCUUCUAGUGCAGAUGCCCUGACAUUAGAUUCUGGGAGUGCCGCACUCUCCAGGGGUGUUUUGGGUUCCUCUAGAGCAUCACGAACGUCGACUGAAGGCAGCGACCGAACGGGACUUUCAGAUAAGGCCUUCUUCCGUGAAAACGCAGAGGUUGAUGCCAGGACGGAGCGCUUUACUCGAAAACCCGUGCCUAUGCGGGAGGUCACUCGAACACCCAUGCCUCCGCUUCCGCCGCGGCGACAGGAAACUACAGAUGAUCAGUCAGACUACGAGAGUCUAUGGUGGGGUGUUGCAGCCAGCGAAGACGAAGCCCAGCGACAUAAAAGCGAAGAAUUGGAAUUUCAGAAACAGCUGCAACAAGUUAUGGCACAGAGUAUGCUGGAACAAAAGGGUAAUGAGAGUGAGUGGCAGUCGGGUCCAAGUUUCCGCAUCGAAGACGAAGAAGAGCUCACGCAGGCAAUGCAUGAACCUGGAAACAUAUCUGAGAACGUCCCCUCUAUGGUCAGUGGUUCAGGAAGCAUCCAGCGACCCUCGCCCUAUGAUCCAGGGCAUCUUGGGGGCACCACCCAGGCCGAAUUCGAGGAGCAACAACGGCAACAGCGUGGGGAGAAGACGGCACAAGAGAAGACGGAAGAAGAGAUUGUGCUGGAGUACAUCAAGAAACAAAGCCUGUUGGAGGUGUACCAUCAAAAUAUGGGUAAGGGUAAGGGUCGUGCCACGCCAAUAGAGGAUAAGAGCCACGAAAAUGGGGGACAAUGAUCCGUUUUUCAUGGGACGAUGGAAUUUCGGGGCCGAAAGAUACAAAACCGACGAUCAUCACAUGUCGUCGUAUCUCAGUGUAUUGCGCUAGAAGCUGUCC